AUGUUGUUCUACGUCUUACAGGGCCGUAUCGUCAGGGAACCCCAAAGAUUUGGACGUCCAGGCCGCCCAGGGUAUGGCAACCAAGGAUUCGGCAACCAAGGAUUUGGCAACCAAGGAUUUGGCAACCAAGGAUUUGGCAACCAAGGUUUUGGAAACCAAGGAUUUGGAAACCAAGGGGGCAACCAAGGACAAGGUUUUGGCGGCGGCUUUGGCGCUUCCCAAGCGGGGGCAAUCAGCAUAAACACUCCCUUUGGAGGAUUCUCGGGAGCCGGAGCCAACUCUUUUGGAGCAGGUUUUGGAGCUGGUCGUCUCGUCAGAAGCCCCCAGUUUCGCCGUCAAGGUUUCGGGGGUCGUCCAGGGUUUGGGGGCGGCGGCGGCCCCUCAUUUGGGGGCGGCGGCAGCUUCUCCCAAGCGGCGGCCAUCAGCAUCAACACACCUUUUGGAGGGUUUUCUGGAGCCGGAGCCGGAUCUUUUGGGAGUGGAUUUGGCAACAACUUUGGUUAA